AGUCUCAAGGGAAGAGGCGCCCCCACGGCAACCCGCGGCUGGCGUGCUUAGGAGGCGCCGAUCCGCGGAGUUUUGGCGCCGGGGAGCUGGGCGCCAUGGAUUCCAUGCAGCUGUACCUCGGGGAGUUCCGGGACCUCGCCAAGAGGCCCCGGUCCUUCCUCACGCAGGUGCUGAACCUGGGCUGCAUCGUCUUCUCCGCGCUGAUGCUGUGGAAGGGCCUCAUGGUGGUCACCAAAAGCGAAAGCCCCGUGGUCGUGGUGCUCAGCGGGAGCAUGGAGCCGGGGCUUCAGAGAGGUGACAUCCUGUUUCUCACGCUCUUCUCCGAGCCGUUCAAGCCUGGCGAUGUCGUGGUUUUCCAGAUUGAGGGCAGGGACAUACCCAUUGUGCAUAGAAUGCUGAAUGUGCACGAGAAAGCAGAUGGAAAGCUCAACAUGCUCACAAAGGGCGACAACAACCAGGUAGAUGACAGAGGGCUGUAUGCUGCAAGGCAGCUUUUCCUCAGCAGAAAGGAGAUCAUGGGCAGAGCACAGGCCUACCUGCCUUAUGUGGGGAUGGUCACCAUCUGGUUGAAUGACUACCCCUGGCUGAAGUAUGUGCUCAUCGGUUCAAUGGGCUUCUUCGUGAUCAUUGGGCGAGAGUGACCGAGUUUCGCAAGCCAUUCGAGGCCUUGCAUGGAAUGGCCAGACCGGACUUAGAGCAAAAGGUCCGUUGAUUUGAG